AUGUAUCAGCUGUUGAUCAUUGCGUUCCAAACAAGUUUGGCCAUGACAGCUAAUGAGACGACAAUACCCAUACCCUGCAACAGCACAAAACACUCUUUUCGCGACUCUUCUUAUGACACUAACAUAGAUGAAGAUCGAAAUAGGCCGAUUCCGGAACUCGACAAGAGCAACACGUGCUAUCGCAGAAACAUUGGAGGAAUAGAUAUCGGCAGGACUAUAAGCCCUUUUCACGGAAUCGUCGAAGCAGAUUAUAAUUGUCAGGAUGCCAUUGAAGGCAUAAUGGCAAAUAUCACCAAAAAACGGAGAUACGAUAUUAGCUUAGAAUAUACUGCACAUAUUAUCGCCUCCGAAUAUGCGAACGCUUAUCUCAAGGAAUGGGAUGCUUAUAACAUGACACUUAACGAAGCGUUUCUGAGAGCAACUAAUGAGAUUGAUGGAGAGGAUGCUGCAAAAAAAAUGCAAGAGAUUGCCGAAAAAAAGAAGCCUGAAAAUAUGGCUGAGCAUGUGAAAAACAAAUUGGAACCCAGAUACCCUUUAUUCGUGGUGGUAGUUGUUUCGGUUACUGAUUCAGUUGGAGAUGCUUUCCUAAAAAUUGCUGCAGAAAUUCGUGCGCAAAGAACGGAGGUUAGUCAGGUUUUUCUUUCAUAA